CUUGGUGACUCUACACUUAAAGGUCUCCAUCCUGAUAUAAUGGCCACGGAUCAUUACGAGCGUGUAUCGGUAAUAGCGCUGCCUGGGGCAAAUUUUGAAAAAAUUAGGGACGUUAUUAGUAGCCGAUCACGUGACUCUAAUACCACAACUGUAACCUUACAUUGUGGUGUCAACGACAGUCUAUCAAACGUCAGGCUGUCACAAGCUAAUAUGCUAGAAAUUGUGAGAAGUAUCACUCACAAAUUUCCCAACGCAACAAUCCGAUUUUCAUCCAUCGUACCCCCAUGUCGGGGCAAGGGUGCCCCGAGACAACGCUUGUACAGUGACAGUAUUCAUUUGACUAAAAUUGGAAGCAGCAUUCUCGCUAAAAAUAUAAAGUAUCCCCAAAGAGCCGUCAGCUUAACAGAUAAAGACCAUGUGCAACUUUCAAACGUAAAAGGUACAACGUCUGAUUUGGUUUCGACUGUUGAUUUGCUUCCAACAAUAUCUUCAGAUCAAUUGAACUCUAGCCCAGGCUUACAUCACUUAAUGGGCUUUAGCCCUUUGUUGCUUCAUCAAGCUCUAAUGUUGUCGCUUAAGCGCCUUCCUGGAACCUAACUUUUUUUCACUUACUAUUUACUAGUUUAGCUCACUGUACUAUUUUAAUUAUAGUGAAGGCAGUGUGAAGAGCAGCGAGUGUUUGUUUAUUGGAUGACAAAGCGUGUAAUUGUAAGACAAUUAUAUUGAUUCUGUUUAAUUAGUUCAUUAUAUUGAUUUUUGUU